AUGGACACCAUUUUCUUUAUUAUAUUGGGUAUUGGUGUAAUGAUGAUUUUUAUAGUCAUCAUUGCUUGCUGUAACUCUAAAAAUGGGGGCUGCUCUGCUGGAGAAGGCGGUGAACGUGGCGGUGGAAGAGAAUUAGGAGGAGGAGGAGAAGAUGGUGAUGGUGAUGGUGGCGGUAACGAUGGUGACAAUUCUGGAGGUUUUUAUGGCGAUGGUUGGGGAGGCGGCGACGGCGGCGGUGGCAGUUGGGGAGGCGGCGGCAGUGGAGGUGACGGCGGCGGUGGCGGUGACGGCGGUGACGGUGGUGGCAGCGGUGGCGAUGUCGGGAUGAGCUGA